AUGGACAUUAUGGACCCCAUUGUGAACUUGCCUAGAAACAAUCAAGCUUCAGUUGAGGAGUUUAUCCUUUUGGGUUUUUCCCAUGUUCCCAAGUUGGAACCUCUUCUUUUUAUGCUGUUUCUAGGGAUGUUUAUAAUCACGAUGCUGGGAAAUGGCCUCAUUGUACUCUUGACCGUGGUUGACGCUGCCCUCCACACACCCAUGUAUUUUUUCCUCCGAAACCUGGCCCUGGUGGAAAUCUGCUUCUCUUUGGACAUUGUGCCUAAGAUGCUAGAAAUCCUAGUGGCUGGAAGGAGCAUCUCUUUGUUGGGCUGUGCCCUUCAGCUCUUUCUCAUUCUGUCCUGUGUCACAUCAGAGUGCUUCCUCCUGACAGUGAUGGCCUAUGACCGCUAUGUGGCCAUCUGCCACCCACUGCACUAUGGGGUGCUCAUGAACCAGAGACUUUGCCUCCUCCUGGCAGUAGCAUGCUGGGUGACAGGCAUUCCAGUUUCCCUGCUGUUCACUAUUUGGCUCUUCCGCUUCCCAUUUUGUGGGCCCCGAGGAGUUCGCCACUUCCUCUGUGACGUAGCCCCACUCCUGAGGUUGGUGUGUGCUGAUACAUCUGUCUUUGAGGUCUACAUUCUGGUGGGCACGGUGCUGGUCAUGAUGGUGCCUUUCUUCCUCAUCACUGUGUCCUACAGCUACGUCCUGGCAGCCGUUGUACGGAUGCCUUCAGCUACUGGGCGACAUAAAGCCCUCUCUACCUGUGCCGCUCACCUAACUGUUGUUGCUCUAUUCUAUGGCACAGCUUGUGUCAUCCAUCUCCAGCCCAAAUCCAGCUACUCUCCCGAGAGCAAGCAAGUUGUGUCCUUGUCUUAUACCCUCAUCACUCCCAUGCUCAACCCCAUCAUCUACAGCCUGAGGAACAAAGAAGUGAAAGCUGCGCUGUGGAGGGUGUUGGGUAGGAGAAAGGGUGAGUCCAGAUGA